AACAGUGUUUCUGUGAAACAUGUUUCACCUCCAGCAGCAGUUUAGUUGUUUUCUCUUUGACUUCUACGGGGGAUGAACUGUGACACUUGACAUAUUUACAUCACCAUGUUCCUUUUAUUGUUGUGGAAAUGAUAAAUGGUCCUAAAACAGCGUCUGAACGUGUUGGAUCAGUUUCACUUUCGUUUUGACUCUCUCCCUUCGCUCUCUGCGGUAAAUCGCUGCAGCUUCACGUCCCGUCACACUGAGCCGCGUCCCGCUCAUCAAACUCCUGCGCGUCACAUCAGUGGAUUGUGGGAUUCUCACAGCUCCUCACGCUGGUUAAACCUCCCGAGCUUCCGACGCUAAAGCAGCUCAAGAUGGCUUCAGACUGUAACUCACCUGUGGAGAUGGCGGCUCUGGGUCGGUCUUUUCUCCUGGGCAUGUUGUACGACUGCAGAUCUGACACACUGGUCCCAGGCCUGACUUUCUGGGACCAGGAGAAGCUGGACAAAGACAUGAGAGUGACUCCUAAACCCAGCACUCAGUGUCAGAUCGUGGCGUCUGAUCACCUCUCUGAGAAGGCCUCUUCACUCGGAGUGGAGGCUGGACUCAAAGCCAGUUUUAUGAGUGGACUUGUGAAGGUUGAAGGGUCAGCAAAAUAUCUGAACGAUCAGAAAAGUUCCAGAAGACAGGCCCGAGUCACUCUGCAGUACAAAACUACAACAGAGUUUAAAACACUGACCAUGAACCAGCUCAGCAAAGACAACUUAAAGCACCACGAGGUCAUUGACAAAGGUCUAGCCACACAUGUAGUAACAGCCAUCCUCUACGGAGCCCAGGCCUUCUUUGUGUUCGACCAGGAAACAUCUGAAGAUGAAAAUGUCCGAGACAUUCAGGGAAACCUGAAGCUGAUGAUUGAAAAAAUUCCAAAGGUCUCAUUUGAUUUAGAAGGGAAUUUGAAAAUGGAGGACAGAGACAGAGAAAAGGUGAACAAGUUCUCCUGCACUUUUCAUGGAGAUUUCUGUUUAGACAAAAGUCCAACGACAUUUGAAGAAGCAGUAAAAGUUUAUCAAGACCUGCCCAAACUUCUGGGCCCCAAAGGUGAGAACGCAGUCCCUGUGAGGGUGCACCUGCUGCCCCUCAGCGCCUUAGACUCUGCAGCGUCUAAACUGGUGCGUCACAUCAGUCUGAGGUUAGUCUGUGAGACAGAGAACGUCCUGGAGAACUUCAGGGAGCUGGACAUGAUCUGUAAUGAUGUCCUGAAGAGUCCUGCAGGGCAGAACUUCUCACACCUUUUUGAAAAAGUCAAAACCUUUAACUCUUUGUGCUCCGAGUUCCUCCUGGGACUCCAGGGAACUCUGGCCACGAAGCUUCCAUCCAUCGAUCAGAGGAGGAGGAGAGGAGGAGGCUGCUCUGGCAGAAGUCCUGAAGAGGGCAGCAGAGAGUCCAUUCAGCUCUCACCGUUUGAACCAGUGGAUGAACGAGGUCGUUAA